AUGGCCCCCCAGAAGCACGUCGUCUUUGACGUCGUCGGCACCUGCGUCUCCUUUGACGCAUACUACGAGCGCAUCGAUGCCGUCCUGGGCCCCCAGCUGCGCCAGCACACGGUUACCCCGCAACACUUUGGCUUCACCUGGCAAACGGCGGCAGAGCUCGAGUUCACCUUUCUAUCUAUCCAGGGCAGCUACAAGCCCUACAAGGACGUGCUUCGCGGCCUCUUCUACCGCACCCUCGCUCUCUGUGGCGUGGCCGAGCCCCGCAAGCUGGCGACCGACGACCAAAGAGAGCAGUGCAUCGAGGGCUACUCGGCGCUCCAGAUCCGGCCGGGCUGCCAGGAAGCCUUCCAGGUGCUGCGCGACAACGGCUUCACCAUCUGGUGCCUUACCACAGGCGACGUGCAGCGCGUAAGAGGCUACUUUGAGCGCGCAAACAUGGACAUGCCGCUCGAGCACUUUGUCAGCUGCGACUCUGCGGGCGUGGCCAAGCCGGCGCUCGAUGCCUACCGCGUCGUGUGGGAUCGCCUGGGUGCAAACGACACAAAGUGGUUUGCGGCCGCGCACAUGUGGGACGUUUCGGCCGCGACCAAGGUUGGCUUUCGCGGUGCAUGGUGCUCUGUCUAUGAGCAUGAGCCUUGCUUGGACGUGUUUAGUGAGGCCAAGAUGGAGGUUGUGACGGAUUCCCUGGUCGACAUGGCCAACGGCAUUGUAGCAAAGUCGUCAUGAUACCGUAAUGCC